AUGAGCGACAGAGACACGACUAUUUCCGAGUUUGUGGCCAUCACUAAUGCGCCGGCUUCAGUUGCGUCGAAGCUCUUGCAAGAGAACGACUGGGAUCUAGAGAGCGCCGUCAGCGAGUACUAUCUCCAACAGACCGCUCAGCCCACUGCCGGGUCGUCAUCAGCUGCUGCUGCUGCUGCUUCUUCUCAUCACCACCAGGGUCCGGCAAAUUAUGGUAGCAAGAGGUCAAAUUUUGGUUCGUUCGCUGAUUUGAGGAGUGACGAUGAAGCUGAUGACAAGACUGACACCAACUUUUUCACUGGGGGCGAGAAGUCUGCAUUGCAAGUGGAAGACCCUAACAAGAAGGAUCCUCUUGGAAUAGUUGGUGAUCUUUUGAGAAAAGCUCAAGAAUCUGCAAAUGAACCAGACACUCGUCCCUCAGCAACCCAGCAGGCUAACCCUCGCCAAUUCAAAGGAACAGGAUACAAAUUGGGCAGUGAGGAUGUUCCCUCUCAAACUAUCCCAGACCCGCAUGCUCACCUCAGACAGCCGCUAGAAAAAGUCACGAGAACCAUCACAUUUUGGAAGGAGGGAUUCCAGGUUGGCGACGGCAAGCUGUAUCGAUAUGAUGAUCCAGCCAAUGCUGCGUAUCUGAACGAGCUGAACAGCGGUCGUGCACCUUUGGCUCUUUUGGAUGUGCAAUUCGGCCAGGACGUCGACGUGAAUGUGAUGAAAAGAUUGGAUGAAGACUACAAGCCUCCAAAGAGAAAGCUUGGAGGGUUUGUGGGUAGUGGCCAUAGAUUGGGAUCUCCCGUUCCAGGUGAACCAGUUGUUGAGGAGGAAGUACACGAAGUAGAGAAACCAGAGACUGAAGAGACGAAGCCAGAGGCCGUGAAGGUCAGCACCUCUGUCCAAGUUAGGCUUGCCAACGGCACCAGAAUUGCUCAAGGAUUUGAUGCCAACGAUCCUGUGAGUAGGAUCUUUGACCUGGUGAGGCAAAAUACAUCCGAAUCGAGACCCUACAUACUGUCUCUGGCCUAUCCUCUCAAGCCCAUAGAAGAGUCCAGUGCUACGAUCGAAGAGGCUGGCCUCAAAAACUCUGUCAUAGUUCAAAGAUGGAAAUGA